AUGAAAAAUGAAGAUAACGGGGCUGUAGAUGCCAUAGAUUCUGCAACCUUUAAGGUCGGUCAUGAAAUGGAUUCAGAAACUUCAUAUGCGAAGCCAGUUAUAAGCAAUCACUAUCCUUGGGUUUUCACAGAUUGUCCAGGUUUUUUGGAUAAUAGAGAUCCAGACGAUGCUGUUGUGACUGCAAUUAGUAGUCCCCUGGCGGUUCGAAAUGCCCGUCAGGUUAAAGCUGUCGUAAUAUUAAUAGAAAUUAGUGGUAUACUCCGUGCGGGACUAGAGGAAUUAAGCACAUUGCUGAAAGUACUGAUUACACUUUUUCACAACCCAGUCGAUAUGGUAAACUAUUCCGUCUUUGGUAUAACAAAAACAGAUCUUUUGGGAUUGACAGAAGACAGAGCGAAACAAAAAGUUUGGGAUGCUUUUAAGAAAAUCGUAAAGCAUUGUGAUCAAAAACUGGAUACGAUCAAGAAGGAGCCAUAA